AUGAUCCCUUUCGUCCUGGCCAUCAACCAGCGUACAAGACGGACCAACCAACAGUUUGGCAAUACUCAUCCACCAACACGCAUCGUGGGAGGCUCUCCUGGCAUUGGCUUUUUUUGUCGCCAUAUUGACAGGGUCGACGAUGCUCUCAGACGACUCCAAGAAGCUGUCCCCGAGGCCAAAUACCAGCCCGCCGGAUACAAAGUGGACUACUGUAGCCAUGCGGCCGAGGCCAACCUGGAGCAGCUGUUAUCCGCAGUGACAGAGCAAGGCACCAAACUGCUGGGCCACAUUGGGCACAUGGCAGCCAGGCCCAAUCUCCGCGCCGGCUACACAUCGUCCAUCACCAUCUCCUCGGGCCCUGUGGCGGAAAGACCCAUACCGGGUGUCAUCCACUACGCGGGCUACACCACGGCGCAGCAAGUCAUUGCUCGAAGUCUUGCCCUGAACCUGGCCCCGCUGCGGGUGAACUGCGUCGCGCCAGGGGCUACGGAGACGGCGCUCUGGGAGGAGCAGCGCGACGCCAUACGCGCCGAGUACAGAAAGACUUCGCUGUUGGAGAAGGCUGGGCGGCCAGAAGAGGUGGCGCAGGCGUGUCAUUAUCUCAUCAAGAACACGGAUGUGACAGGGCCGUUGUGA